GGAAUUUGUAACUACACAUGCGCACUGUUGGACGGAAGAGACGCAUUAAUUCCCCUCCCAUUUCCGUCUCGUUCUCUUUCCAGCCCUCUACGCCACGAUGACUAAGAAGCGAAGGAACAACGGUCGUGCCAAGAAGGGCCGUGGCCACGUCCAGCCCAUCCGCUGCACCAACUGUGCCCGCUGUGUCCCCAAAGACAAGGCCAUCAAGAAGUUUGUCAUCAGGAACAUUGUUGAGGCUGCUGCCGUGAGGGACAUCACAGAGGCUAGUGUGUUUGACUCGUACGUGCUGCCCAAGCUGUAUGUGAAGCUGCACUACUGUGUGAGCUGUGCCAUCCACAGCAAGGUGGUGAGGAAUCGCUCCACUGAGGCCAGGAAGGACCGUACGCCACCACCGCGCUUCAGGCCAAGUGGUGGUGCCCCAAGACCUCCACCCAAGCCUAUGGGUUAAUCUGGUGGGUUAAUCCGGUGAACCGGCUUCAAGAAAUC